AUGUCACCGCUCUUCCAUUAUUCAUUCGUCCUAUGUCUCCUCGUGCUCGUCUCGCACAACAUAUGGCACCGCCGCUCGCUCUCGUACCUCCCCAACCCCACACUCCCCUCGAUAAUACCCACCCCGUUUAAGUCACUCUUCCCGUCAGUCUCGCUCAAUGGAAUCACAUUUCUCGCCAAGGAGUGUCAGAGUAUCACCCAGCUACCCUACCAACCCGCCAACAACCCUCAAGCCCUCUUCACACCACACGGCAUGCCAACGUUCAUCUUCGCCUCAUCCCACCGCCUCCACGCAUCCGCCUUUGCAGUCGUGGGGCUGGGCGCACGGGCAGGGAGGUAUCUGUGGGGCAGCAGGGAGGAGACGUGCCUGUGGAUCUCCCUGGACGGACCCAGGGCUAUUACGGGAACGUUGGUCUAUUAUUUUCCGGAGGAUACGAAUGGACUUAAGGUGAACGGGUUACCACCUAGGGACCCCAGCAGAGUGUCACUGUACGAGACUGUGAUUAUACAGUGCACUCUGUCUGCUCCCACUCCUGCUGAUUCUGCUGGGACACUCUUUGCCACUAUACACGGCGACGAGGUGCUUAUAAGGAGGGAGAAUCUUCCGAAAAAGGUCUCCGGUUCAAAUCAUACUUCUGGUUCGGAUGGCCUUCUGGCUCUUGACCCUCCCACGCCGCUCCCCCGCUGGUUCACUGUGUGCACUCAACUCAUCAACCAACCGGUGCGGCCAGAGCGAGUGCUGGAGCAGAUUCAGCUCUUCACUUAUUACGGUGCCGACAGCUUUCUUGUAUACGACGGGGGAGGAGUGGACGAGCUUCUAAGGCAGGCGCUAAGGCCGUACGUCACUGCAGGGAUGGUCGAAAUCGUACCUCUUAUGGGCUUGUCACACCUCUCAGCACAGCUGGAUGUGCUUGUAACGAACGACUGCCUCUACCGUACGCGCUUCACCUCACGCUGGACCACCUUCGUCACAUUAGAAGAACUACCCUUUGUGUUCAAUGGCCGCCUCUCGCUGCGCAUGGCGCUGGAGGACAAUGAGGAUGCCCCGUGGCUGUCAGUGGGGUCGUACGAGUGGAGCAUCAAGCUGUGUGCUCCCCCUGCUGGUACUGCUAAUGAUUCUGCUGCUUCUGCAGCAGCUGCUGCUGUUGCAGGAGAGGAGUGGCUGGCACAGCAGAUGGUGUACCGCAUGCCCACCCCCACCUGCUCCCACGCCACCACCAACGCCUCAGCUGCAGACCACUGCCUGGGCGCCGCUGGUUACCGCCGGUUGCUCUUCAAUCCCAGGCGCGUGGACGUGCUACAGCCGCAUGCUGCUGUUAAGCCGACUGAUGACGGCGUGGAUAUUUCUGCGAGGAAGAUGAAUUACAAUCGAUACAAGGUGAGUUGA